CCAUGGCGACGGGGACGCCCCGCGGACCGGAAGCCAGGCCAGCCCGCGGAGAGGCGGCGCGUGCGCAGUAAGAGUGCCUCUUUCCUCCCACACGGGCCGCUUCCCUUGCUGCCCUCCCCCGAAAAAGUGCACUGAAAGCGGCUCGCAAAGAGGAGACCCACUUAAACGCCCCCAGUCAGCAAGACAGAGGGCCGAGAAGCCACCACUGGGGAGGCCCCCCUCCUGCCGCCGCAUGAGGACCUCGGGGCAGGGGAGCUCCCAACAGAAGGGGCCCUUCUGCGUCUGAUUAACGGCCACGACGACGACGACGCUGCUUCUGCCGCCCCCUCCUCCUCCUCUCUCUGCGGCCCCGCAAGAGGCAACUCCCCUCUUCCCAGGCCGGGGACCCCGGCGUCAGGCCGCUGCGAGGUGUCGUGGCAGCCGCUGAAGAACCGGAUUGCCCGCGCCCGCCGUUGCCGAGAAGGGUUGCGGGGCCUGCUGGGCGGUGGCCCCGCGACGCCGCACCAACUCCUUUACGGGCGGGCCACGCGCCCUCGGCCUCCACUGUUCCGGCGCUCGAGAAGGACAGCCGCCUCCCUUCGCUUCGGCCGCUAGGGGCGCGUGCCUAGCUCCGCCCACGAGGCGGCCGGCGGGCCAUAGGGUGCGGUGGGGGAAGGGCUUCCGGGUGGUGAGCCCGGAAGCAGGAAGAAAGGAGGCCGGAGCGCUGUCUGCUGCCGCUGGAAUGGAGGGGCCGGAGCGGAGGCGGCAGCGGCGGAGCCGGACGAAGAAAAGGGCGGAACGGAGACCGCGCGGGAGCCGCUCGCCCCCGGGAAGCGCGGGGACCUCCAGGUCAGAGUCAAAAAGGGAAAACAAGUCCUCAAACAAAAGAAGCAAAUCUCCCCGAGAGAAAAGAAGCCGAAGUCCGCAUCAUGUGAUAGCUAAAGUAAAGCAGGAGCGAGAGGAGCACUCUCAGAGGGGACAUGAGGAACGUCAGUAUCGAGACCACUCUGAGCUGGAUCGUAGGUGGGAAAGUAGCGGUGACCGAGACAGACACCGGGACCAUUCACGCCGAAGGAAGUCCAAUAGAGGUCGGCCUGCGAGCUAUGAAAGGGAAAGGGACGCUCAUCACCUCCACGAUCAGCAGGUGCAGAGGGAAUUCUAUAACGAGCAACGGCGUGAGCACCGUGAGCAGAUAGAAGCAAGUGGCGAUGAGGAGAAUCGAGGGGCAGGGGGCCCCAACAGCAUCAGUGCCAACAAAGAGCCAGGUAAUAAAGAGAAGCCAAGCUUUGAACUGUCUGGUGCACUUUUGGAGGAUUCCAAUACUUUCCGUGGUGUCGUGAUCAAAUAUAGUGAGCCCCCAGAAGCACGGAUCCCAAAGAAGCGGUGGCGUCUUUAUCCUUUUAAGAACGAUGAGGUUCUCCCCGUCAUGUACAUUCACAGGCAGAGUGCCUAUCUGCUGGGCAGGCACCGACGCAUUGCCGAUAUCCCUAUCGACCAUCCCUCUUGCUCCAAACAACAUGCUGUCUUUCAGUACCGGCUUGUGGAAUACACCCGCCCUGAUGGCACCAUGGGCCGGAAGGUAAAGCCCUACAUUAUUGACCUUGGCUCAGGCAAUGGCACGUUUCUGAAUAAUCAGCGCAUUGAGCCUCAGCGUUACUAUGAACUGAAAGAGAAGGAUGUGCUGAAAUUUGGGUUCAGCAGCAGAGAGUACGUUCUUCUCCAUGAGUCAUCAGAUACCUCAGAGGUGGACCAGAAGACAGAGGAGGAGGAAGAAGACGAAUCUACCUGACAGUCAGUCAGUGGCUGUACUGAACCUUUUGCUGCAGCUGAGCUGGAACAUUGCUGAGCUGAUGCCUCUCACUGCCUUAAAAUCUGCUUAAGAUCUUUUACUGGUCACAUUAUUUUGGGAGCUCGUGACACUCCCUGAGUGGAUGGUUAUGGGCAUUGAGGUAAAGCCAACUGUUGCUUUUCAGAUGCUUCUGGUUAAUUGCACGGUGACAGAAAGUAAUGGUGCGUUUGAUGCCUGGCUGGUAUAGCAGCUCUAUUACUGGAGUUUUUCAAUGUAUAUUUUAAUUUAAGAUAAGACCCUGAAGGAACAAAACACACUGUACAAAACAGGGCCAUUUCCAAACAAACACAUUUUCCUUUGUGUGUGUGUGUGUGUGCUUGCAGACUGCUUUAAAAAAAUAGAUGCUACUUAUUUUUUUAAGUAGACUUUUGAAAGGAACCCUGGUGGAUGUUCUGUAAAAUCUUUAGCUGUUUGAUUCUUUCAUGUAUUGCGGUAAAAGAUACUGCAAAAAUUUGUGACGAUUCCUAAAAUUUGUGUAGGCAAUUUUGCAUCAAAAUAAGGGAUGUACUUCCCUGGAGCGGAGUCUGAGGGGGAAGAACGUUUCCAGUAUCUUCUGUAUGGCUUUUUUACUGCUGAGGGGAAGGGAGGGUUGUUUCUCAGGCAUCUAUAUUUCCCCACGAAAAUAUUUUUUGCUUAACAUGGUGUAUAGUUUCCAACAAAACAUUAAAGUAAGUAGUUUCUUUUCUUUAAACAUGGAUGCUGCUCUUUCUUUCUCACUAAUAGCAAGAGGCAGGCAGCAUAUUAAUGCUGGGGGAGGGGAGGUGGAAGAGCUUUUUGGCACAGAUUUCAGUAGCUGUAGUUUUAUGUUAAACUGCCUUAAAAUAAAAAAGACAACUUGUUUAUUGCACCACA